AUGAUUGAAAAUAAUAUGAAGAUGACAAAUGGUUUCCAAUUCGACAAUCGAAAACCAAUUUGCCCUCCAAAGGAAGCUCGUGUUAUCGUCAGAGAGGUGUUCGAUGAAAAUAUUGAAUUAGGAAUUGACAACGAUGGCAAACUACACAUUGGUACAAAUCAGCAGAGAGAGAUCAUUUGGCCAGAAAACUAUUGCGUAGAUAACUUUGUUGCUGAAAAUGGAACAGCAAUAUGGACUAGUUUUAACGCUAUCGUAUGUUUUAAGCCGUCUUCUCAGGACCACUACAUUAUUAACUCUGCCUGUAUGAUAAUAUCCUGUGUAUUCAUCCUGAUGACGGUGAUGGUGUACACAUGGCUACCAGAGCUGAACAACCUACAUGGGCGCAUACUGAUCUCCUACCUCAUAUGUCUUUUUGUGGGAUAUGCUUUAAUCGCCUCCAUGAAGAUGCUGCUUUACUUCAACAAAAAUAGCCGAGAAAUGUGUGAUGUACUUACAAUAGUGGCGUACUUUUUUCUGCUAGCUGCAUUUUUCUGGCUAAAUGUCAUGUGCUUUGAUAUAUGGCGAACUUUUAGUGGAAUACAUGGAGUGAUGACGAACAAAAUAAGAGCGCGAGACAAAUUCUGCACGUACUUUCUAUACGCAUUCGGUAUCACGAUUAUGUUGACCAUUUUAUUAAUUCUCCUGGAAUACUAUCCAAUGUCAAACAAGCGAACUAGCUGUUUCUUAUCCGGUAAUAAUAGGUUUCUAUAUCUUUAUAUACCAAUUCUUAUCCUUUGGCUUGCUGAUACGACAUUCUUCAUUUUGACAAUCGUAAAGAUUCGAGAAAUUAAGCGACAAACAUCGGUAUUGAAUUCUAAAGACAGCGUUACACAUGACGUGCAGAAUAAAGAACGAGGAAGAUUAUGUCUCUACAUAAAGCUUUAUAUUGUGAUGGGCGUUAACUGGGUACUAGAAGUGGUCAGCGCUCACGCCGCUCAAAAUAACAAUAUAUGGGUCUACACUGACGCGUACAAUGCUCUUAUCGGGUUUUUUAUCUUUUUUAUUUUUGUUUGCAAACGCAAAACAUUUCUGCUCAUGAAAAAAAGAUACGCACAAUUCCUAGGCAAGCCAGUAGUUAGAAGUCAAUCAUCUACCCGGACUAUGACAACAAGUGUGAAAAUAACACGUGUC